UCUUGUCCGUCUGUCUACCUGUCUGUCACUCUGUCACUCAGAUCAACAACAAGGCCAAUGUGGUCACCAGCCCCAAAGAGCCCGCCCCCACUCCUUCUCUGGAGCCUCAAACUACUGUUAUCCACAACCCGGCUGAUGGAAACAAGGAGUCCAGUGAGAGCGCCAACACCACCAUCGAGGACGAGGAUGUGAGAGCUCGUAAGCAGGAGAUCAUUAAAGUCACCGAGCAGCUGAUCGAGGCCAUCAACAAUGGAGACCUGGAAACAUACACGAAGAUCUGUGAUCCGGGGCUCACUUCCUUUGAGCCCGAGGCCCUGGGAAACCUGGUGGAGGGAACCGACUUCCACCGCUUCUACUUUGAGAACGGUAAAUAA